CUCUCAAAAAUGACAUUUCUAAAAUAAAACUUCGACAAUUUUUUUGGACGUUGCUCACACAAAAAUAAAAUGUAAUUAUUUUACAUUUAAAAAAAUAUAAAUUUACAUUUUAAAAAAUAAAUAGUUUAGAUUCCAUUGCGUCGAAUUGUUUGGCUAUACUUAAAAACGUUUGGCUAAAAUAAUUAAAAAUUAGAAAAGUUAUCAACAACUUACCAGGUAAGAAGAUUCUAAGCGAACGAGAAUUUGUUGAAACUAUUGCAAAAACUAUUUAAGUAAAACGCCAUAAAUUACGACAAAACAAAUGGGGUUUUUGCAACAAAUACUCUGGACACAGAACCAAAGAAAAUCAACGGCCCUAUUACAAACGGUAACGGUCAUAAUAAGCAGGAGUAUCAAGAAACAUUCACAGCAAGCUAGAUUGGCAGAGGUAGGACGCUUAGAGCCGGCAAAAUCGGAUGGUAAAUACGAGACGGGGCAAUUAUUUCUUCACCGCAUCUUUGGCUAUAGAGGUGUAGUUUUGUUUCCCUGGACGGCCAGAGUCUACGAUCGUGAUCUACAUAAUCCCAAUAAAACCAAGACCACAGCUUCUGGCAACAAUACUACGGCGAAAAAUGCUAUUAAAGGCAAAUCUUCUGGUACUGCAAGUGAAACAACUGCGAAAACAGGUGAUAAAACUUCAAAUAAAACAAAUAGUGUAGCGGCUUCUUUAAAGUCCCAUUUAAAUGAUGUAGUUAAUACACUUAAUGUGUCCGCUGACUCCUCAGACUCUGCUUCAGCAAGUGAUACUUCUAAAAGUAGUGAAAAUCCUACAAAACCAAAUGCGGCUGAUAGUACAAAUGAUAAAAGUUCAAAUGCUGCGCAACAAGCCAGCUCCACCUCACCACAGGAUGCGGCAAAUACUAAGGAAGUAAAAGGCAAAGUUCAUACUUUCUAUCAGGUCCUAAUAGAUUCCCGAGAUUGUCCUUAUAUUCGCGCACAAACCGAGGCUGUUACAUUUUUGGGCAACCAAGACUCCAAUCGUAGCUUGUAUGCCAUACCCGGUUUGGAUUAUGUUUCCCAUGACGAUAUUAUGCCCUAUUCAUCGGCGGAGAAGAAUCCUUUGCAUCAUGAAUUAUUUGAUAAAUUUUUAACAUAUGUGCCCGACAAACAGCCAUGCUUUGAGCCCAAAGACACUUUGAAAACGUGGCAGGAAAAGAACCAUCCAUGGCUGGAAUUGAGUGAUGUUCAUAAGGAGACUACGGAAAAUAUACGUGUAACUGUGAUACCUUUCUAUAUGGGUUGUCGUGAAACGCCCGCUUCUUCUGUAUAUUGGUGGCGUUAUUCUAUACGCUUGGAAAAUCUUGGCAACACCAGCGUGCAAUUGCGUGAAAGACAUUGGCGUAUAUUUUCUUUAUCUGGAACUUUGGAAACUGUAAGAGGUCGUGGAGUGGUGGGCCAAGAGCCCAUUUUAAGUCCGCGUCUGCCCGCUUUUCAAUACAGCAGUCACGUGAGUCUUCAGGCCCCCAGUGGUCAUAUGUGGGGUACUUUCCGUUUGGAACGUGAAGAUGGUCACAUGUUUGAUUGUAAAAUUCCGCCCUUUUCAUUGGAAAGUAAACCAGAAGAACCGCCAGCGGGGCAAACUAAGAAGACGGAUUAAAUAAUUGUCAUUGAAAAGAUAACUUCUCUAGAAUUUUAUUGCUUUAGUUAGUUAUGAUUGUUUUUGCUGAAUAAUAAGUCUAUGUAUAUGUGUUUUACGUAGCGAAGAAAACUUCUCUCCCUUUACAAAAUCUUUAAGUAGACAAUUUAAAUUGUAUAAAAUUUAAUAAUAAAU